AGGAUUUAGUGGGGGUACGGGUACGCAUUCAGUUCAGAUUAAAUGUUGGUUAACACGCCAGAAAUUACAAAUAUUAUUAUCAGUCCUUCUAAUCUUGUGAAAAUGUCAACCAGUUGAAUUCUGACAAUCCAGAAUACCUCAACCUCAAACAAAUCUAGCUACUUGAUCCAUUGUCCAAUGCCUUCCAUUCAUCAACACCCACAGAAACUAAGGGGUGGUGCCGCCGCCGUCCUGAAAGAGGGUUGCAGAGUCCUCGCCACCACCUUCCUCAGCCUUCUCCUCCCCCUUUCUUUCCUCCUCCUCGCCCGUCUCUCCACCGCCCGCUACUUCUUAUCCGUCGGGCUCGCCGAUGAUUAUAUAUUAAUCCAGCCACAAAAUGAAGUUUCCUUUUUGACCUCUCUGUUCUUGUACAGCGGGACAACGUUAGUCCUCAGUUUACUUGUUUCUCUCAUUACAGUUGCAGCUCUAAUCACACAUUUGAUCUUAACUCGACAUAAACACGCGUUGCUUAUCAUCAGCCAACGCCAUCGUUUAUACGCCGCAUGGCUUUUGCUUUUCUUGAUGCAAGUUUGUUUGAGUUUGGGGAUUCAAGGGACUGUUGAAGCCGAAAUAAAUAGCUAUACAGUGGGAAGAUUAGUUCUGCCCAGAAGAUUGAUUUUUGCUUUGGGAUUGCAUGAAACGACGGUUUUCUGGCGGGAAAUGGUGGUAAAACCAGUGGUGGAUGAGACGAUUUUCGGGUUUUCAGGAGAGGGUUUUUGGUGGGCGGAGAAGAUGGCGCUGGCCGUUGCUUUUGGUAAUCUGUGGUGGCGGAGGUUGAGGGAGGAAGCGGAGGCACUGGUGGUGCUGCCUCGGGUCACGGCGGAACUGAAGAUGGAUGUCGCGGUGGCGGAUGUUCUGGGGUGGUCGUUGUAUUAUUUGACGGUGGCGAUAGGGGGGGUUAGGGUGGUCAAAGGUUUCUUAUGGAUGGUGACAUGGAUACUUGGAUAUCGGGUAAGCCCAGCUAGGCAAGGGGACACUGCCAGCGAAAAAGAUGGUAGGACCUAAAAUAGAAUAAGGUUGCCCAUUUAUAUUUUAUCACAUCAAAAUUUGAAGUCAAACUUUAGGGUGGUUAUUUAUUUUUCCAUUCAGUUUGGUGGAAUUGAAUUAAUCAUAUAGUAAAAAAUUAUAAAAAAAUAUAAUUUAUUAUACGAUUGAAUUUGAUGAAACGUAAUUUCAUAUAUUUAAAAUGGAGUUUAACGGAUUUGGUUCUAUUCCAUGGAUGCCUGUUAUUUUUCCCUUCAAGUUUUGUGUUUGAAAGUUCUC